CAUGCGGCAAGGGAGAGGUGGAGAGAGAGGGCGAGCAGAGGAGGUUACUUUGGGAAGCCGCGCAGCUCGCUCAUCCCAGCCCCGUAGUUCGGAGGGAGUGUGUCAUGUUACAGGGGAGCCGCGAUCAGCCAGAGCACAGCGUCGCCGGAGCAGCUGAGAAUUACCUCUCUCUAAUGGGGACUUUCAUGUGCGAGCUCCUGGCCGGUCUGCGAAGGAACUGAAACUGACAGCUUAGAAAGAAUCAAAAACUUACCAGCGAACCAAAAGACUGAAAUACAGGAGGAAAAAAAAAAUCUCGAUCAGAUUAUUUUUUCCCCCUUCGCACUCUUUGCUGCAGUUGGAUCCCUUUUUUCUGCACCCCUUUUAUGUGACAGGGAGGGAAUGUUGGAGGAGAAGAGCUGGAAAGGCGUCGACGAAGCAGCUUUUGACAGGGGGUGUGUGGCUCCCCCGAGGAGCGGCGAUGGGGAGCGGUGCUGCCGCCUCCCCCUGCUGCUGGGCUCGGGGCUGCCCGGCGUGUCCCUGCUCUCUCUGGUGCUCAGCCUCCUGCUGUACUUUCGGACCUCCGAGCUGCAGUCCCGCGUGUCCCACUUGGAAGCCGACAGACCCACACAGCUCCCUGCCUGGCUCUCGGCAGACCAAAUGGAGACGGCUAUUUUGGGAAGAGUUGACCAACUGCUCAAUGAGAAGUUAAAGUUCCACUUGCCAAGACAUCGAGAAGUCCGAGACACACACCAGCGAUGCAACUGCCCGGCAGUAACACUCCAGUGGGACACAGCACCCCACGUGCAGACUGGGGCCCGGCAGGUUGCCUGUGGGGCACCGUGGCGCGUGUUGAGGGAGCUUCUGCAUGUUUGA